AGUGUGGGAGGCGGGCGGCGCGAGAUGGCGGGGCCGGGGCUGGUGGCCGGCGAGGUGGCCGUGGACGCGCUCCCCUAUUUCGACCAAGGCUACGAGGCGCCCGGCGUGCGGGAGGCGGCCGCGGCGCUGGUGGAGGAGGAGACGCGGCGGUACCGGCCCACCAAGAACUACCUGAGCUACCUGCCUGCGCCGGACUACAGCGCCUUCGAGACUGAAAUAAUGCGGAAUGAGUUUGAACGCCUAGCAGCCCGACAGCCUUUAGAACUGCUGAGUAUGAAAAGGUAUGAAUUGCCUGCUCCCUCUUCUGGGCAGAAGAAUGAUAUCACAGCAUGGCAGGAAUGUGUUAAUAACUCAAUGGCUCAGCUGGAACAUCAGGCAGUUCGAAUUGAGAACUUGGAGUUGAUGUCUCAGUAUGGCUGCAAUGCCUGGAAAGUGUAUAAUGAGCAUCUAGUUCAUAUGAUUGAACAGGCACAAAAAGAGCUGCAAAGUUUGAGAAAACAUAUUCAGGACCUCAACUGGCAGCGGAAGAAUAUGCAACUCACCGCUGGUGCUAAACUUAGGGAGAUGGAAUCUACAUGGGUGUCUCUGGUCAGUAAAAAUUAUGAGAUUGAACGAACCAUUGUGCAGCUGGAAAAUGAAAUCUCUCAAAUUAAACAACAACAUGGAGAAGCAAACAAAGAAAAUAUUCAACAGGACUUCUGAGACGUUUCUUGGCCUUCUGUUGCCAGCACAGAAAACUUGCUUGUAAUAAACACAUGGUUUAGAUAUUCAUUUCUGUGU